AUGGCAACCGUGGCGCUCCUCAACCAACUGCUCGUCGGCUAUGACUCCCUAUUGCUCAGCAUGCACUCGGUCAACGAGCGGGAGCGCUCCUACACCAUUGACGGCUACUUGGUGCUGCAGUGGAGCGACCCGCGCCUUGAGUUUGGCAACCUGUCCUGCCGCGACGCCAUCGCCCUCCCCUCCUAUGCGAACACCGACACAAAGCUCUGGGAGCCGGGCGUCCAGUGUAUGGAGACUCUCCACGAAUCGGUCGGAGGCAGCAGCGGCGCGACCCACAUCGCUGGCGAGUCGCUCGUCAUCAGCCGCAAUGGCACCGUCCUUUGGAGCCGACGCGCGCGCUACAAGCUGCUCUGCGACACCUUCAACUUUGGCCGGAUGCCCUUCGACGAGCAGUUCUGCAUAGCGACCCUCCGCUCCUUCCCGUACAACGAGGAGUUGGUCCAGCUCGAGUGGCCAGAUUGUGCAUCCAACCCCGUCGCCUGCGGUGGCUCGGGCCAGCUACAGCCGUACCACUCGGGCGAGUGGAUCGUCACAAUCGUCGAUCAGAGAACAGUGACCGAAGCCGAUGGCCACAGGGUGGCACGCGUUUGCAUCAUGCUCGAGCGGCACUCCAACCUGCUGUCCCUCUCGAUCACCAUCGUCAUCCUCCUCGUCAUCGCCGCCUAUUGUGGCUUCUUCAUUCCCGUCUCCGCCGCCCCGGCGCGCGUGGCCAUCGGCUUCCUCUCCUUCCUGAUGGCGCUACGAAAGCUUGGUGUGCUUGCUCUCUCGGGCGUGAGCGCCGUCUAUCAUCUGGACAGUCGUGAACAGGUGUUGAACCAGCUCUUCUGGGCAAUGGGCCAGAGCCUCACUGAGUUCUCGACGCUUUGCCGCCCCUCUUCUCGCCCGGUGCAGAUGCCGCCGCUGCUCGAUCCUUCCGAAAAUUACCGCGUUUGGAUGAUCGACUUCCUGUGGGGUUCUAUGUUCUUCAACUGGCUCACCCUCAUCGAGUACGGUCUCGUGCAUUUUGGCCUCGAGUGCGAACGGCGCCUCGCCGCGGGUGCGAACGCGCCGCCCGCCGGCGAGCACGAUGCCGCGCUGGUAGCACAGGACAAGGUCGGAUCGCGCUACCAGCAUGUCAAACUGUGGUGGAUGCGCUGCGCCACUCGCUUUGUCGACCUGGACAAUGUCUGCCGAUGGGUCUACCCGCCAGCUUACUUCAUCUUUUGCUGCGUCAUGUACGGCGUCGUGGAUAAGUCAAUGGUGUUGUCUCUGUUGACUGUCGUGUGGUGA